AUGCCAUCUGCAAGGUUACUAGUGUCCACAGGGGCCCUAAAACACUCUAGAUUGCAGCAAAUAAAGAAUGUUCUGGCUAAAGCUGCAGCUGCUGGAAAUGGCAAUUCUUCGGGUUCCGUAUUAGCUGCCGGAAAGGUAGCCCCUUCUGUGACAUUUACCAGAAAGAAGGUUGGAUAUUCCAAGAGGUAUAUGUCAUCCAGUAAUGGCGUCGGUACCUUGGCAACUAGAUCCACUGUGAUACAAUUGCUCAACAAUAUCAGUAGCAAGAGAGAAGUUGAGCAAUACCUGAAAUAUUUCACUUCGGUCUCUCAGCAACAAUUUGCGGUCAUCAAAGUUGGAGGAGCUAUUAUCAGUGAUAAUCUACAGGAGCUAGCUUCUUGUUUGGCAUUUCUUUACCAUGUAGGUCUUUACCCAAUUGUGUUACAUGGAACCGGUCCCCAAGUCAAUGGGAGAUUAGAGGCCCAGGGAGUCGAACCUGACUAUAUCGAUGGUAUUCGUAUUACUGAUGAAAGGACAAUGGCUGUUGUUAGACAGUGUUUCUUGGAACAGAACUUAAAACUUGUGACUGCCCUUGAACAGUUGGGAGUACGUGCGAGACCAAUCACAUCUGGUGUCUUCACAGCCAACUAUUUAGACAAGGAAAAGUAUCAGUUGGUUGGUGAUAUCACUGGUGUAACAAAGGAUCCAAUCGAAGCUUCGAUCAAAGCAGGCGCUUUACCUAUUUUGACCUCUUUAGCAGAGACACCAUCCGGUCAAAUGCUUAAUGUUAAUGCCGAUGUCGCUGCUGGUGAAUUGGCCCGUAUUUUUGAACCUUUGAAGAUUGUUUACCUAAAUGAAAAAGGUGGUAUCAUUAACGGUGAAACUGGUGAAAAAAUUUCUGUCAUUAACUUGGAUGAGGAAUACGAAGCUUUAAUGCAACAGAGCUGGGUUAAAUAUGGAACUAAGCUCAAGAUUAGAGAAAUCAAAGAGCUUUUAGAUUUUUUACCUCGUUCAUCGUCUGUUGCUAUCAUCAAUGUUCAAGAUUUACAGAAGGAAUUAUUUACUGACUCUGGUGCAGGUACUAUGAUUAGAAGGGGUUAUAAAUUGACCAAGAGAUCAUCAUUAUCUGAGUUUCCUUCUCCUGAUAUCUUGAGGCAAGCAUUGCAAAGGGAUGCUGAUAUCAUCUCUGGCAAGUUGGCAGUAGCAACGUAUCUAAGAGAAUUGGAACAAGCCAAUUUCACGACUUAUGCUGAUGAACCUCUAGAUGCAUUAGCGAUUAUCAAAAAAGAAGGUAAGAUUCCAAGACUGGACAAAUUUUUGUGCACUGAGUAUGCUUGGUUAAACAACGUUACGGAUAACGUUUUCAGUGCCUUGAGCCGCGAUUUCCCAGCUUUGCAAUGGAUUGUUAAUGAAGAUGAUCCAAAUAUUGCUUGGCAUUUCGAUAAGUCCCAGGGAUCCUAUUUGAGAUCUGGUAAAGUUUUAUUUUGGUACGGAAUUGAAGAUUUGAAUACUGUUUCCGAAAUUAUUCGCGAAUUCACUAAAGAAGUUGGGUACCCGGCAGGUUCUGCCUCAGAAAGUGGGGUUUUCUCUUCCGGUUCUGCUUCAAGAUCGUAUUCAACAAGGUCUGCCCCUAAACCUACCGGAUCUAAUACUUCUCCUGGCCGUGUUGCAUUAAUUGGCGCCAGAGGCUAUACAGGAAAAAAUUUGAUAUCUUUGAUUGACAAUCAUCCCUUCCUUAAUGUGGCUCAUGUCUCUUCAAGGGAACUUAAAGGACAAUCGUUACACUAUUAUAAAAAGUCAAACAUCGUUUACGAGUCAUUGCAAAUUGAGGAUAUCAAAGGAUUAGAAUCCAAGGGAGAUGUUGACUUUUGGGUCAUGGCUUUACCUAACAAAGUUUGUGAACCUUUUGUAGAAGCGAUUGAAAGCGUUCAUGGUAAAUCGAAGAUUAUCGAUUUAUCGGCCGAUCACAGAUUUGUCCCUGAGACAGAAUGGACCUAUGGCUUACCAGAAUUAAACGAUAGAAGCAAAAUUGCCGCUGCUAAGAAAAUCGCCAACCCAGGUUGCUAUGCAACAGGUUCACAACUAUCUAUUGCCCCACUAACUGAAUUUAUUACUGGGUUGCCCACUGUUUUUGGUGUUUCUGGUUAUUCUGGUGCUGGUACUAAACCAUCACCAAAGAACGACCCAAAAUUUUUGAGCAAUAACUUGAUCCCUUACUCCUUGACUGACCACAUACACGAACGUGAAAUCUCUUCUCGUAUUGGACAGCCAGUCGCCUUCAUACCUCACGUAGGUCAAUGGUUCCAAGGUAUCUCCUUGACUGUCUCAAUCCCUAUCAAAAAAGGCUCAUUAACUGCAGAAGAUACAAAGAAAAUUUACGAGGAGUUCUUUAAGAGUGAGGAACUAGUUCAUAUCGGCGAUGACAUCCCAUUGGUCAAAGACAUCAGUGGAACUCAUGGUGUAGUCAUUGGUGGAUUCAAAGUAAACGAUGCUCAAGACCGUGUAGUUGUCUGUGCAACCAUUGACAAUUUGUUGAAGGGUGCUGCUACGCAAUGUUUGCAAAAUAUCAACUUAGCUAUGGGCUAUGGUGAAUAUGAGGGUAUUCCAAAGGAUAAAAUCCUCAAGAGAUAG